ACAAAGUGAGCGGGGGAGGGGCAAAGAGAGAGGAAGACACAGAAUUCCAAGCAGGCUCAGGCUCUGAGCUGUCAGCACAGAGCCUGCCUCAGGGCUUGAACUCCUGCACCACAAGAUCAUGACCUGAGCCGAAGUCAGACGCUUAACCAACUGAGCCACCCAGGUGCCACCACGUUAUCUUUAUAGCACACGUCACAUGGAGAUGGGCGGCAAGAAGUUACCUCUCGCACUGGGCGCUCUGGAGCUCGGUGUAGAAACUCUAUAGCUUCCUGUGCAGAUGAACAACCUCACAUCGGAAACUACAGACUGUUGAAAACAAUCGGCAAGGGGAAUUUUGCAAAAGUGAAAUUGGCAAGACACAUCCUUACAGGAAGAGAGAAAAUUAUUGAACUAUCUUUUCCACUAUUGUCUUCUCAACCUGUUACUGUGCACUUGUGCCUUUGUGCCUUGACUGUCAUUAACCUCCUCACAUCUGUGUCCUGCCUUCUGCACUGAAGGAGCCAGAAGGGGAAAGUUGGAUCUGGAGCCUCGUUUAUCAUUUGUCAUUGAUUAAUCAAUACUUGUGGUGCUUUUGCAGUAUUUGUGGACAUGCACAAAGCAUCAAAAAGUUUGAAUUGCCCAAUGUGUGCAUCCCCAGUUGAGCUCCAACAAGGUUGCAAUAAAAAUAAUUGACAAAACUCAGUUGAAUCCAACAAGUCUACAAAAGCUCUUCAGAGAAGUAAGAAUAAUGAAGAUUUUAAAUCAUCCAAACAUAGUGAAGUUGUUCGAAGUCAUUGAAACUGACAAAACACUGUACCUAAUCAUGGAGUAUGCAAGCGGAGGUGAAGUGUUUGACUAUUUGGUUGCACAUGGAAGAAUGAAGGAAAAAGAAGCAAGAGCUAAAUUUAGACAGAUAGUAUCUGCAGUCCAGUACUGCCACCAAAAGCGGAUUGUUCACAGAGACCUCAAGGCCGAAAAUCUAUUGUUAGAUGCUGAUAUGAACAUUAAAAUAGCUGACUUUGGUUUUAGCAAUGAAUUUACUGUUGGCAGUAAACUGGAUACGUUUUGUGGCAGUCCUCCAUAUGCAGCCCCAGAGCUCUUCCAGGGCAAGAAAUACGACGGGCCGGAAGUGGACGUGUGGAGCCUGGGCGUCAUCCUCUACACUCUUGUCAGCGGGUCGCUCCCCUUUGACGGACAGAACCUAAAGGAACUGAGAGAAAGAGUAUUAAGAGGGAAAUACAGAAUCCCUUUCUACAUGUCCACAGACUGUGAAAACCUUCUCAAACGUUUCCUGGUGCUAAAUCCGAUAAAACGAGGCACUCUAGAGCAAAUCAUGAAGGACAGGUGGAUCAACGCAGGGCACGAAGAAGAUGAACUUAAACCAUUUGUUGAACCAGAACUGGACAUCUCAGACCAGAAGAGAAUAGAUAUUAUGGUGGGAAUGGGAUAUUCACAAGAAGAAAUUCAAGAAUCUCUUAGUAAAAUGAAAUAUGAUGAAAUCACAGCUACAUAUUUGUUGUUGGGAAGAAAAUCUUCAGAGCUGGAUGCUAGUGACUCCAGUUCUAGCAGCAAUCUCUCACUUGCUAAGGUUAGGCCAAGCAGUGACCUCAACAACAGCACUGGCCAGUCUCCUCACCACAAGGUGCAGAGAAGUGUUUCUUCCAGCCAGAAGCAGAGGCGAUACAGUGACCAUGCUGGACCAGCUAUUCCUUCAGUUGUGGCGUAUCCAAAAAGGAGUCAGACCAGCACUGCAGAUAGUGACCUCAAAGAAGACGGAAUUCCUUCCCGGAAAACAAGCGGCAGUGCUGUCGGAGGAAAGGGAACUGCUCCAGCCAGCCCCAUGCUUGGGAAUGCAAGUAAUCCCAAUAAGGCUGACAUUCCUGAACGCAAGAAAAGCUCUACUGUCCCUAGUAGUAAUACAGCAGCUGGUGGAAUGACACGGCGCAAUACUUACGUCUGCAGUGAAAGAACUACAGCUGACAGACAUUCAGUAAUUCAGAAUGGGAAAGAAAGCACUAUUCCUGAUCCGAGGACUCCCGUUGCUUCAACGCACAGUGUCAGCAGCGCAGCCACCCCAGACCGGCUCCGCUUCCCGCGGGGCACCGCCAGCCGCAGCACUUUCCACGGGCAGCCCCGGGAGCGGCGGACCGCCACGUAUAACGGCCCACCUGCCUCGCCCAGCCUGUCCCACGAAGCCACACCACUGUCGCAGACUCGGAGCCGAGGCUCCACUAAUCUUUUUAGUAAAUUAACUUCAAAACUCACAAGGAGAAACAUGUCAUUCAGGUUUAUCAAAAGGCUUCCAACUGAAUAUGAGAGGAACGGGAGAUAUGAGGGCUCAAGUCGCAACGUAUCUGCUGAGCAAAAGGAGGAAAACAAAGAAGCAAAACCUCGCUCCCUGCGCUUUACCUGGAGCAUGAAAACCACUAGUUCCAUGGACCCCAGUGACAUGAUGCGGGAGAUCCGCAAAGUGCUGGAUGCCAAUAACUGCGACUAUGAGCAGAGAGAACGCUUCCUACUCUUCUGUGUCCACGGUGAUGGGCACGCGGAGAACCUCGUGCAGUGGGAGAUGGAGGUGUGCAAGCUGCCAAGACUGUCUCUGAACGGGGUCCGGUUUAAGCGGAUAUCAGGGACAUCCAUAGCUUUCAAGAAUAUUGCUUCCAAAAUUGCCAACGAGCUAAAGCUGUAACCCAGUAAUUACGGUGUAAAUUAAGUAGCAAUUUAAAGUGUUUUCCUGAACACUGAUGGAAAUGUAUAGAGUAAUAUUUAGGUAAUAACGUCUGCAUCUUCUAAAUCAUGAUAUUAAAAUAUAAGGACGAGAGCACGCCUGGGAGCGGAAGCUGGCCUUUUUUCUACGAAUGCACUACAUUAAAGAUGUGUGACACGCGU